AUAUGCAGAUAUAUAGAGAGGAACAAGCCCUUGUAGAUGAAGCAAAGAGAGACAUUGAAAUCGAUGGUUUUGGUAUGAAGAAUGGAGAAAAUGUGACAGUGGGGAGUGAGUGUGGUCCACGAGAAGAAUAUGCCACUGAUGGAAUUGAAGAAAACUCACCAGGAGAAAAUAAUGGAGUGCAAGUGCAGCCAUUUAGUGAGGACUAUGAAGAAUUUAAGACUCCCUUUGAGGUUAAAACUUUGUUUUUACAUGAAUCCCAGGAUCAGCCCAUGGAGGGUGAUAAAGAGGAAGCAGAGUUACAAAGAGAAACAAAGGGACUGUUAGAAAAAAUUAGAGAUGAGGGUAGAACUGAUAAGACUAGGGAGAGAGGAGAAUAUGCAGAAGGAAUAUGUAGAGGGGCAGAUGAAAGGGGUAAAAGAAUUGGUUCUGUUGAAGAUAUGGAAGAAUCAUUGGCAGAAGAAAAUAGUACCAUUGGGGAAACUGGAGAAGACUUGAGAAAGGAAGAAGAUCCAAAUCUACGGGAGGAGAUGCUUCAUUCAAGAAAUGAUGAAAAUAUGGAUAACAUGUUAGAAGGAAAAGAAUUUGACACAACAAAUGAUUCAAGGAAGUCAUUGGCAGAACCUUCUGAAAUACUGAUUCCAGAUGAACCAAUUGAAGCUUCACCAAUAGAAACAAUGGUUUAUAACAUUCAAAUGGAUGAGAACUCUUCUCAGGACUCAGAAAAUCAAGAAUCUCAAAUGCAUAAAUUAAAUGAAAGGAUGUACUUGGAAGAUGCAGAAGCUAGAGAAAUUGCUAAUGAAAGUGCACAUGAUUUGUUUGAUGGAAAACAGAUAGACCCUGAUGAGAAGACAUACACAAUUGAUUUGCAUGAAGAAUCUUCAAUUAUUGGCAGAUGCACAGAUUCUAUGGAAGUUCUUGUUUCCUCUGUAGAACAAGAGUCUUGGCCAUCUGAAUGCUCCUCUGAAGAAAACAUUAUCUCUUCUUCUGAAGAGGUAGUAUUGGGUGAUGAGAAGAUGUGGAAAGAGAUUAAUGUGAUAAGGAAGAUAGUAGGAUAUGAAGGUAGAAAGGAAGCAUCAUGUGCAGAUGAAUUGAAGGCUCUUUACAUCUUCACUGGAGUUGAGCCUCCAACAUCUCUCAAUGAGAACUCCAUCCACCCCUUAGAAAUCAAGGAGAAACUCCAAUUUCUUAUGUCCAUCCUUGGAAUUAAGCCCAACAUGACUUAGAAUGUAACACAUUUGUGUUUUGUUUUCUGCAUAUUUCAGUCAAUUUAAACAAGUUCCUUAAAAU